ACAACCUCUUCCAUUUCUCCUUCAUAUCAAACCAUUCUUCUCCUCAUAUCUCCUCUUACUACAAUUCCAUCUACAUAUCUUCUUAUUUCUGCUUUAAAUAAUCAGCAAAACUUAAUUUCUAGCCUUAUAAAUUUGUUAACUUGAUCAACUCUGAUUUUUCCCCCUGUUUUAUUUCCUCCGUAUUCAGUUUUAACACUAUGUCAACAAGUGUGUGCCAAGGGAUGCAAUCACAGUUUGAUCCGUGGCUCGCCGAGCCUCGGAUCAUCGGGUUCAAAUUAUCUCAGCCAGCACCCAAGAUUUCACUGUCUACUGUGAGUUUUCCUAGGUCUCCAAGGUCAGACAACUCACAUACCCAACAACAAACUUCCCACAAGACUGACAUUUGUAGUGAAAUAAUCAACCCAAAGAAGACCUCAAGAAAUGGUGAUUUGGGUGGUUGGAGUUUCUUGCAAGCUCUUACAAACCCAACUCAUAUUUCCGAAACUGCGAAAGAGGGAGACAAGGAUAAGGAGAAAGAGAAAGAGUAUGUUCAUCCUCUUGUCAAAAAAUCAGCUUCAGUUUUGAGUGAGAAAAGCUUGGAGAUGUGUACUGAAAGCCUAGGGAGUGAAACUGGCAGCAUUAUCAGUGAUAGUGGGGAUGAACUAAUCUCUUCAUCUUUUGUAUCCGAAUUUGAAAAAUCUCCUAGAAUGUCUUGUGUUACUAUGAUCAAAGAGAGGUCGACGAGCAGCAAUAGCUUCCCACCACCAAUAAGUACCUUUAGGAGUGGUUGUUCGGGUGGAUUUCAAGUUGAAUCUCAACGGCAAGAUGGGAGGUUAGUUAUAAAGGCAGUUAGUGUUGGCACCAGUCAGAGUUGUUUCAAGGCUGAGAGGACUAAUGGAAGGCUUACGCUUCGUUUCCUAGAAAACUCGUGUGAGGUUGAAGAUGAAUGCAACCGAGAAUAUUCCCAAGGAGAUGAAUUCUAUGAUGGUAACGACAACAAUGAAGGCGAUGCCAAUGAUGAUGAGUAUGUAGUUAAUGAUGGACAGUUAUAUAAUGAGAUGGAAGGAAGUAGUGGAAAUGUUGUAGAUGAAGUUGAAUCAAGUAAUUUUAGUAGAAGAAGCCGGUGUAAUGAAGAACGAGCAGCUAGGAGGUGCAAAGAAUUGCAAAAUUGGGAGCCAUUUUGGGUUGCUAGCUCUUGAUCAAAUUUAUAGUUUGAUUCUCAAGCUAGUGUGCAUUUUUAAGAACACCUUACUCUUUGUUAUUUUCUUCCACCUAUACAGUUGAGUUGAUUAUAUUAAUAUGUCGAACGAGGGAACGAGUUUGACCCCCCUAGCUAUCGUUUAGAUAAGUGGAAGUUUAUAAUGGUGAUUUGAUUAGGCCUUCAUUGAUCAGAUGUUAGUUUCAAAAUUGAUGAUUGAGAUGAUUGCAUUUAAAAUGAGGCAACUUGAUGAAGUAUAUGCCUUUUACGUAGUAUUUUAAUAAUCUUUCCUGCAAUUAA